CGUGGGGUUCGGGGCUAUCCUGGCUCCCAAACUCCGGAGCUGCAUUUAGGGGAUUGAGAGCCCGUGUCCCUUCGUCCUGUCCCCGUCCUCUCGGAGCCCAUGCUGCCUCUGAAAGCCACCCAGAAGGAAGGGGUGGCCCACUGGCUCAAUCAACCCUGCGCCGCCCCAGCAGACACCGCGGCGGCGGCACCAACGCUGAGCCCGGGGAACAGGGCAUCACUGGCCAACCACGUGCAGGAGGUGCGCCUGCUCCGGGUGGAGUCCAUCAGUGACCUGCACAGCGGAGGCUUGCUGUGCCCCUACCUGGCCGAGGAGGCACAGCCGUGGGAUGAGCUGCUGGGCCUCUUGCCUCCUGGCUGCAGCCGCGGGGGCUUCCUGCUGCUGCUCGCUCUGCUGGUGCUCACCUGCCUGGCGCUGGCCAUCCUGGGGGUCUACCUGAGCGUGCUGCAGAGCGAAUCCCUCCGCACAAUGGCGCACACACUGCACGCGCAGGAGGAGACCUUACUCAAGCUGCGGCUGGCCAGCCUCAGCCAGCUGCGGAGGCUCAACUCCAGCGAGGCCCGCGCGCCCAGCUGAGAUGUGCCUGGGCCUGGAGUCGGGGGUGUGCCCUUGGCAGGUUUCUCCUCUCCCACUGCUACUCCACCUACUUCCUGGUGAGGUUUCUGUGCAAGAAGCUGACCUGCCCCACAGCUGACCGCCUCUCCUGGCUUCUUCCGGCCAGGCCUAGCCGGGUCUCCUGGGGCCAAGGCCCGGCUCUGGGUGGCCCAAGGUCAGAGGCGGCGAUGCCAGCCUCUGGGCUCUCCCUGCGGCCUGCCAGCACUCCUUGGCCUCCCCAGAGAGCAGGUUCCCAAGUCUAGAAACAGCUGCCCCCCCCUCCCCCCCCACUUUGCCAAGCUUCCCAGAAGGGUUUCAGCCUCAGCUCUCAAGACAGGCCAGG